UCCUCUCACUCUGAACCUGGAGGCUGCAGAGCUUCAGCUGCACCUCCAGCUGAUGGAUCCAAACCGCUCCUGUGCGUCUCCAGGAGCUGCCGCCGGUAUUCUGACAGGGAAGUGGAGAAGUGAGACACUCCGGACAUACAGAAAGAGAUAUGCUGUCAACACCGAGACCGACACUGGCCGUCGUGUGGAGGCUGCCAACAGGACAACAAAAUCCAGAUAAAUUAGAUUAUUGGAUUGACUGCAACAGAUUAUAGCUCUCCUACUUCCCCGAUGCUUCAUAAGAAAACCGCAUCAAUCUGAUCAUAUACACGGAAAUUUAGAAAAAAAUAGGUACAGACAGGCAGCCAUGCUGACCAGCUUCGUAGAGGGUCUGCUCUGCUGCCUCGCCUCAAAAUCAGCCAACGUUGUGGUUCCUGUGGAAACUUCAGAACCUGCCGAUGGCUAUGAGUUUGUGGAGGUGAAACCAGGCCGUGUUCUGCGGGUUCGACAUAUCAUUCCUGACCGGCCGGUGUUGGAGGAACCCACCGGGCAAGGUGGCAGUGUGAGCUGCAAACGAAAGAUCACCGUUUACCGCAAUGGGCAGCUGUUCAUUGAGAACUUGGGCGACAGAGCGAGUACAGAGGUGAAAAACUGCCAGAAUGGAGAGUCAGAACCUAACAGCACUGUAGAGGUUGAACUGACUGACUCUGGUAACUCCCCAUUGCCCGUCAGGAUCCCUGAGGGGAGAUCAGACUCUGUCACUGCUGGAAACAACGGGGCAUCUGAAACAGGAGCAGCAGGAAACGCAAAUGCUGCUGGACAGACUGAACCAUCCCAGCAGCCGAGAAAGCGCAGGAGGAAGCCGAAGCGCUCUGUGGUGAUCGACUGUGAGAGGAAAAUAUCAGCCUGUAAAGGGACACAUCCGGACGUGGCUCUGUUUUUCAUCCACGGAGUUGGAGGUUCGUUGGAUAUUUGGGGAAGCCAGCUGGACUUCUUUUCUCGGCUGGGCUACGAGGUGAUCGCCCCAGACCUGGCAGGUCACGGAGCCAGCACAGCACCACAGAUAGCUGCAGCAUACACUUUCUACGCCCUGGCUGAGGAUAUGAGACUAAUCUUCAAGAGAUAUGCACGGAAAAGGAAUAUUCUCAUAGGACACUCUUAUGGUGUGUCGUUCUGUACGUUCCUGGCCCAUGAGUAUCCAGAACAGAUUCACAAGAUGGUGAUGAUCAACGGUGGAGGUCCCACAGCUCUGGAGCCCAGCCUCUGCUCCAUCUUCAACCUGCCCACCUGUGUGCUUCACUGCCUCUCCCCGCUGCUGGCCUGGAGCUUCCUCAAGGCUGGCUUUGCUCGGCAGGGUGCCAAGGAGAAGCAGUUGCUGAAAGAGAACAAUGCCUUCAACGUGUCGUCGUUUGUGUUGCGCGCUAUGAUGAGCGGACAGUACUGGCCUGAGGGGGACGAGGUUUACCACGCUGAGCUCACAGUGCCCACCCUGCUGGUUCAUGGCAUGCAUGACAAGUUCGUCCCAGUGGAAGAGGACCAGCGCAUGGCAGAGAUCCUCCUACUGGCGUUCCUGAAGGUCCUUGAAGACGGCAGUCACAUGAUCAUGAUGGAGUGUCCUGAGGCUGUCAACACACUCCUACAUGAGUUCUUCCUCUGGGAACCGGUCACCCAUGCACCGCCAAAGAAAGAGUCCAAAGCACGUCCAGAGACUGCCAAAGCUCAAACUGACAACACCAAGCCGAUGUCUGACCUUGCCAAGGUCCGGCCUGCAACUGCCAGGCAGACCUCAUCAAACGGCAGAACAGAGGAGAAGCCAGACAGCAAGUCCAAAAAAUAAGUGAAGAUUAAAGCUGAGUCAGAUUGAAGUUGAAACAGUGGUUGUUUCAGUAAAUCAUGGCCGGCCAUGCGUUCAGUGCAUCCUGAGGAACUGAGCUGGUUUGAGCCGUUGAACCCGAUGAUGAGCCAAAACAGCCAGUUUAUCUGAGCGGUCCAGCUGGACGGUGGAGGGAGUUUGAUUCCAGUUACUGUAUGUAAAGCUGCAGAGCUGAAGGAAAAAGGAGACAAACAUGGUCCAAUCUUCAGCUUGCAGCUCCCGGUCCUAAAGAUACAGGCGGGAAGACAUGGUCGUGCCUUGAGGUGGUGUGCAGUGGACAGUAACACACAGCCCUGAGGCCUGUGAUGAAAACUAACAGUUACCAGGUGGCGAAGUGAUAAACUUCUGGUCUGAGUUUGCCCUUCCUUUGAAAGUGGAAAAGCAAAUUUCACCAGUCAACCACCUCGCUGGUAUGGACUGAGAGCCAAAACUUCAUGGAAACUAGCUGGAUAGUUAAUUAACCUAAUGCAUUAGCACUCUUGAAGACACACUGGUUUAUUUAGUGUGUGUGUGUGUGUGUGUGUGUGUGUGUGUGUGUGUGUGUGUGUGUGUGUGUGUGUGUGUGUGUGUGUGUGUGUGUUCUUGUACUUGCUACAUUGUGAGGACCAUUUUCUGCAUUUAACUAUCAAAGUGAGGACAUUUUUACAAAGUGAGGACAUUUUGGCCGGUCCUCACUUUGAAACAGCCAUGUUGGAGGGUGAAGACUUGUUUUUAGAGAACAGGUAUGAGCUGAGGUUUGGUUAGGGUUAGGGUAAGGAUUAAGUUUAGGCAAUCAGUUGUGAUGGUUAAGGUUAGGGUAAGGCUCUAGGAAAUGCAUUACGCCUAUGGAUGUCCUCACUAAGAUAGAAGUACAAACAUGUGUGUGUGUGUGUGUGUGUGUGUGUGUGUGUGUGUGUGUGUGUGUGUGUGUGUGUGUGUGUGUGUGUGUGUGUGUGUGUGUGAGUUUACUGCGGCACACAGAGUAGCACUGAAAACAAUGGAGAGGACGUUAAAUGAUUAAAAAUGGAAGUUAGCUCAUUGUAGUAGUAGGGUUCAAGUUGCUAUUUCAGAUAUUCACCAAAAAUGCAUAAAAGGGUGUUUGUUGGUUGACUAAGUUGCAAUUUAUCAACUUCAAGAAGGGAAAAAAUGAUGAAGUGCUGAUCAGGACAGAAGUGAAAGUAAAUUUUCUGCUUCCUAGAAAACAGGAAAAUGUUGGUCACUGAAGCGUGCUCUGCUAAAUUUAGCAGUAGUUGAGGUUCCACAAUGAAUCAUCAGCUCAUGCAAAUGUCACGUCCACAGUAAGAUGCUAAAACAAUGGGAAAAGAGCUUGUGUUGUGAUGCGUCAGGGAAGCACAGAAGUGGUGUUUAUUGUAAAUGCAGCUCAAACUGUGCCCAAGCUGACAUUGGACUAUUUAGUAUUUAGAAAUAUUCAGUAAUUUUGCAAUGUAGCCAUGUGCUGGUACUGUAGCAUUCUUGAUAGCCAGGUAUUAUUGCAUUUGAUGUAUGCACUCAAGAGGUCACUGUAAAAGUUAGUGUUUUGCGUUCUAACUGUAUUCUGAACUCUCUAACUUCACAGCACAGACAGCCAGCUUCACCACUCACACUUCUGUGACAGUUUUCUGUCACAGAAGUGUGUGACAGAAACAUACUUCUAAAAUAGUUUGUGUCUGUCUUUACAUUCCUGUUCGUGCUGCAGUAGUGCAGGUAUUUGUAAAGUACACAAACUGUCUCGGAGCCUCUAACACAGAUACUGUAAAUGAGUAAGUGAGCACAGAUGUCAUUGUUGGCUCUCAAUUCAAUAGUAUUGGAUGUUUUUAUACAUAGAAUAUACUUUUUUAUACAUUUCACUUUGAUUUGUGUAGAGUUUUGAAAGAAACUAGCAGAGUCAAUUGAAGAUGCAGUUUCUAUCACAGAAAUGCAGCUUAUGAUUGUCCCAAACUGAUGGAAACUGUACAUUUUUUUAAACUUGUGUCUUAAAUUUUGUAACUGUUUGCCUUUGACAGUGACAAACUACUGAUUGACAAAAUGAUCAAAGUAAAUUAUUUUAUGUUGUGAAUUUUCAACAAAAUCUUCAGGGUUUUCGUUCUUUCUAUGUUUGUAGUGACAGUGUUUUAAUUCUUAUUUAGCCAGAGUGGGUUUGCUGAAUGUGAACUCUGCAGGAACAUGUGGAAGAGCUGCCCAGUCAGACUACUGGAAACUAUGGUGCUGAAAUAAGGUCCAGUUGAGCAUUAGAAUCUUGGCCAUUAAAAAAAAUGAUAUCAAGAGCAAACACACAUGUGCAGUGGUGGAUCCUCCCUGGGGGUACAGGGCCAGUCAGAUCACAGGGGGCCCCCCAGUGAUUUGAUUGGCCACCCCAUGUACCACUCUGUGUG